GUGAGCUUAUAAGAUCAUUGGUCGUCUCAUCGGAGUUAACAAUAUUUUUUCUAUCUCGCUUUGAGUUGGCUUAUAAAAGGAGUCGACUUCGAGUCAUUCUUUUAACAUAAUAUUAAAGAUAUAUUCUCUGUCUGAAGUAAAUUUGAUAUAAAUUAUACGUGUGUUAUCAUAUACAUAUAUAUAUAUAUAUAUAUUAAUUUAAAAAAGAAAGAAAAAAAUAUAUAUAUGUAUAUAUAUAUAUAUACAUAUGAAUAAUAUAUAAAUAUAAAAGUGUGCAUACAUAAAUCGGAUAAAAAGUUUUGUGUAUUAUAAUUAAUUUUUCAACGUACCUGGUUUUUUCUUCGUUUAUUUUUUUUUUCUUCUUUUUUUUCUUGUUCUCUUUUUUUCUUCUUUUUCUUCUUGUUGUUAACCUUCAUUGGUAAAGAAGAAAAGAAGAUAUGCCGUUUCCGGACAACGACAUUCCGAUCAAUGGCUUUGGUAAAAGCUACGAAUUAAUUCAACGAUCUAAGGAUGAUGAAUUUGUAUCCGCAUCCACGGUCAAACACAAUCGUCAAUCCACGUACACGUUCGAAACAUUGCAAGAAUCUGCACAGUUUUUACUCGACCGUGUAAAAACACGUCCAAAAAUAGGAAUAAUAUGUGGUUCUGGUAUGGGAUCAUGUGAGCAAAACGAGUUGUGUCCAGGUUCGAUCGCUGAGUCUUUAGUCGACAAAUACUGCUUUCCCUACGAAGAGAUACCACAUUUUCCUGUAUCAACAGUGAAAGGACACACGGGACAGAUGGUAUUUGGUUAUCUCGAGGGUGUUCCGGUUAUGUGUAUGCAGGGAAGAUUUCAUUAUUACGAGGGUUAUCCACUUUGGAAGUGUUCAAUGCCUGUCAGAGUGAUGAAGCUCGUAGGAGUGACUCAUCUUAUUGCUACGAAUGCUGCUGGAGGAUUAAAUCCAACUUAUCAGGUCGGUGACAUUAUGAUAAUGAAGGAUCAUGUGAAUCUGAUGGGUUUCGCUGGUAACAAUCCUCUUCAAGGACCCAAUGACGAUCGAUUCGGUCCUAGGUUUCCACCAAUGAACAAAGCUUACAAUACUGAAUUAAUUAAAAUAGGAGAAGAAGUGGCAUCAGAGAUGGGUAUCGAUGAUAUAGUACACAAAGGUGUUUACACCUGUUUAGGUGGACCAAAUUUUGAAACAGUUGCCGAAUUGAAGAUGCUUCGAAUAUUUGGCGUCGAUGCCGUUGGUAUGUCCACGGUACACGAGGUGAUAACAGCAAGACAUUGCGAUCUGACAGUCUUUGCCUUUAGUCUAAUCACUAAUCAAUGUUCGACCGAUUACGAUGAUCAUACUGAGACUAAUCACGAGGAAGUGAUGGAUGUUGGAAAGACGAGGCAACCGAUACUUCACGAAUUCGUUUCGAAGAUCGUUACGCGUCUAAAGGACAUGAUAGAUUUCGAUAAAAAAUGAUUUUUCGUUAUCGAAUUAGAAUGAAUCGAAAGAUGUACUCUACUCUCUCCUAUUAUAUAGUAAGAGAAUUGGUUGACAUUGACAAAAAAAUACAAAUAACUCGCUAAUGCAAGAUAAUAAAAAAGAAAGUAACCGUGGAUCAUUUGAUCAAGAUACAAUUUUAAAAAUUGUAAUUGUCUAUUUUGUAUAUUAGGCUUUUUGUCGAUUAACAACAUUUUAGAUAUAACGUAAUCGAAGGCUUGAUUAAAAAUGUCUAUUGUUCGAAAUAAUAUUCAAAAUCAUUUUAUUUACUUUUAUAUUUGCAAAUUUGCGAUGUAAUUUGUUUUAUUUUUGCAGUUAUAUUAUUGCUUGUACAUAUCUAUUUGAAAGUAAUGAUUGGUGUUUUUAACGUUGUAGCAUUUUUUACGUAUACAUAUCCAUUUAACAGAUCGGUUUUAAAUCGACGAUGAAAAAUAUUGAAUAUUUCUUUUUAAUCAUAAUCGAUAAAUAAAUGAUAAUCAGUAAAUAGAGACGUUCCGAUUACGUACGUCUAUUUUGAAGUUAUAUUAAUUUUUAUCAUCGUUAAGACAUUCAGAUAUAUAUUUAAGAACGUAAAUCAGAAAGAAAGAAAUCAUUUUUUGAUUUCAUUUCAGCUCAUACUCGUAUAACGUAAUCCAUUUUGCAUUUAUUACAUUUUGUUAAUGUUGAGCUAGACUACAUUUUAAUUAUUUUUUUUUUAGAAAUUCAAUAAUGAUUCUCAUGAAAAUUGAUAACAUAAGGAACUAUGACAUAGAGAUUUUUUUUUUAUUUUUUUUUAUUUUUUUAUUUAAGAGAAUAAAAUCUAGAAAGGCAACAAAAUAAUUUAAAAGAAAAAGAAAAAGAAAAAGAAAAAAAUAUAUAUAUUAAUAAAUAAGUCAUUUGUUUGCUGUCUUCGUCAAAGCAUAGAAAUGUAGGACAUAUAAUAUAAGAGAACGUAUAUACAAUAAUUUUCCAUUUUUUAUCAUUAUAUGAUUUAUGGAUAUUCAUUUCGACAAAGUCUCUAAUUAAAACAUAAAAAAAAGAAGAAAAUUUAUCUGUUUGAACUGAACAGAUUUUCAUAUUUUUUAUAUCGUAAUUAUAAGUAAUAAUGUGUUAAGUAUCAUAAUAUUUUUAAUAAUUUAUACUAUAAGCCGUAAGUCGCGACAGGAAUUUAAAGGAUCGAUUUGUAAAACAAUUUAUAUAUAUAUAUAUAUAUAUAUAUAUAUAUAUAUAUAUAUAUAUAUGAAUUAUCGAAGAACUAUAAUAAAUUAAUGAUUUGACUUUUAAUUAAUUUCCAACUUCAAAAUGUUAUGUUUAUAGUACAAAAUUAAAAUAAUAUUUUAUGUAUAGUCAUGUUUCUCGAAAACUCAACAAGAGUAACCGAGAUUUAAACAUUAAAUAUAUAAUAAUAUUAUAUAAGCAUUUAAUAUACGUUCUUAUAUAGAAAAUUUACGAAGCUUUACAUAAUCAUAAAAAAAAUUUAUUUAAUGAAAAAACCACAUAUUUGGAUAUUUUUUAUAAAUUAUAUACCACUUCAAUCUGAAUUUCCGUAUUUGUACAAUUUGUUCUAAAUUCGUUCGAUUAUUAUUACUAUCAUCUUUUGAAGAUUUCAAUCGAACUAUAAAUAUAUCUCUAUUAUCCAUCUUAUUAUUAUCAUUCGACUUACAAUAAUCGUUUAUAAAUUAUUAUAAAUUAUUUUAAUUAAUUAAUAUUGAAUGUAUGCCAAAAUAAUUUUUUUAUCAUUCUGUUAUUAUUAUUAUUAUUAUUGGGUAGAGUACUUAUUUGUAAAUUAUGUAUCAUCUUUUACAAUUGUGAUUGAAUUGAAAACAAAUCUUUCACAAUCAUUCUAUUAUAUAUAAUAAUAAUAAUUAUUAUUAAUUAAUCAAAUAAUAAGAAGGAUUUGCAUUAAAUGAGAUUCACUUAAUUAAUUAUGCAAAGGGAAGAUCGUUACCAUUUCUUUCUUUCUUCAGUGUUUCUAUCAAAAAAAUAAAAAAAUAAAAAAGAAGAAGAAAAAAAAGAAAAGACAGAAAGAAAAGAUGAAAAAAAAGUGAAAGGCAAUGUUUUUUGGUACGGUUGCUAAAAAGAGUAUAAGAGAAUUGGAUAGACACGAAAGUUUCUAUUUCUUUCUUUUAAUUAGUAAUUUAGGAUCUUCUUUAAAUUAUCGUUCCGUUAAGAACAAACAUAUAUAUCCUUGGAAGUAGAAGAUUUAAUUAGUUUCAAAUAAAAUAAGAUAUAUUUACGUAUAAUACGAUUUUAGGAACGCUUAUUAAGUGUACAUUAUGUAAAUUAUGUAAAAAUUAAACUGUGCAUAUCGUAUUGUCGAUGAACAUUAACACGCUUAUUUUGUAUUAAUUUUUCUAAUAACGAAAUUGAUUAUAGUUAUCGUAAUCACAAUUACGUUGAUGAAUACGUUUAAAGCUUGUUAUCACAUAUAUAAAACAUUUCAUAGAGACCGGUGUGAUAAAAGAAUAAGUAUUCUUUUAUAGUUUUUAUAGCAAUUUGUUUUCUUAUUUUUUUUUUUUAAACAAAUACAUUGAACCGUGAUCGGAGUAAAACUGACAACGAUUGUAUUCGAUGGACCUUUGUGCAGAUGUUCAUGAAAAUUGAAAAAGAAAAGAAAAAUAGAUAUUUUUUUCCCUCGUCUAAUUGUCUGGGAACAACCACAUGUUCCUUUACAUAAAUGUAAUGUAGUAAAUGUAAUAAGAAGGUAUAAUACGUUAUAAAUGUAUAAAGGAUUCCGUGCACCCUUUAUGAAAGGGGUUACUUUAGUUCUAUAGAUUGAAUUAUUGUAAUUUUAUUUUCGUGCACCCUUGUACAUAACGCCUAUUAUUGAUAUCCUAAUAGAUGGCAAUUAGAAUUUAUAAUAAAAUAAUAACAACGAGAAGUAGGGGAAAGUAGGAAUAUCAAGUAGAAAUAUCAAUUAUCACUCUUUAGUAAUAAUUAUAAUUCUCUAUUUUUUUAUUAUUAAACAAAUAUUCUAGACCGUCAUAGGAGAACACUUGACAAUGAUUGCAAUACAGUAUUGAAUUUACUCACUUGUAGUAAAGAAUACGAUGACAGCAAUGAUUAAAACAAACAAUUUUUUCAAUCAUAUUGUUCUUCUCAAUUUUUUUUUUUUUUUCUUUAUCAUUCUCAAUAUCAUUCACUUCAAUAUAAUAUUGUAUAUUUCUCCAUAAUAAACUUUUUCGAGUACUUUGGUAUCAUCGCGUUUUACUUGACAUUUAAAGAACAAUCGAUUCCAAUUAUCAAAGCCAAUUAUAUACAUCAAAUCACUGUAACGAUGUGUUAGCUCCUUUUUAAGCAAGUGUCCAUGACCGUGGUCGAAGGACGACUGAAAAGAGGUGGAAUCAAUGGAACUUAUUGCGCAUGUCGCAAAAUAAAAACUAAGAGAUACA